AUGGCAAAUCAACCCGUUAUCGCCGCUACCGGCAAUGCCAACAACAAGCGCAAACGUGGACUGGCUGAUCAAGAUGUCGGUCGUGAUACCAAGGUGCCCAUCACGAACGGAGAGCAUGACAAUACCAACUACGGUCUCCUGUUGCAAGGUGACGGGAUCCUCGCCGAUGAUAACGCUCGAACAGCCCAGGCUGCUCUCGCCGCCCCGGGGAUGAAUCCAUCGCCUUAUCCUGAACCCAAUCCAGAUGAUACUGGCGCUGGUCUUCCAUUCACCUUUGCGGAUGGCAGCCCCAGCGUUCAUGGGAUUAGUUCUGCUCAAGCUCUUGCUGAUGCGCGUGGUGGCACCAACACCAACACUCCGUCCAAGCCUGCGGUGGGAAGUGCAGAGUGGCAUCAGCUGCGCAAGGACAACCACAAGGAAGUCGAACGCCGCCGUCGUGAAGUCAUCAACGAAGGUAUCGAAAACAUUGCCAAGAUCGUGCCCGGUACCGAGAAGAACAAGGGAGCGAUCCUCCAGCGCACGUACGAGUACAUUCAAGAACUCCUCAACGAGAAGAAUAAAUGGGAUAGCGAGCGUGCCACCUAUGACAUCGCCAUUAAAGAACUUACCAGUCGUCUUGAUCGGAUGAAGGAGUCUGCGAGGAGCGCGUGGGCCGAGACUAGCAAGUGGCAGUCCAGAUGUCGUGAAGCCGGCAUGCCGUUCGAAGACUAUGACGACGGCGGUUUGCCCGCGUUCGAAGAAGAAGACGUCACUGCCUCUCUGGGGUCAUGA